AUACUCUACUGAUUGACUACCAGUUCACAUUCAGCCUCUCUCAAGAGGAUGACCGUUACUACACUGCCAUCAACUUUGUAGCCACUCCUGAGGAACAAAACCGAGACUUGGACAUGUUUAUUAAUGCGUCAAAGAAUUUCAACCUUAACAUAACGUGGUCGAGUAGCUUUUUAGCGGGCACACCACCUGGAGAAGAAAUGCCAAUUGUUUCAAAAACUAAUAUUAAGGAAUACAAGGACAGCUUCUCCAAUGAGAAGUUUGAUUUUCGUAACAAUCCCAAUAUAACUUUCUUUGUGUACGUCAACAACUUCACCUGGCCCAUAAAGAUACAGAUUGCCUUUUCUCAGCACAGCAACUUUAUGGACCUUGUGCAGUUCUUCGUCACGUUUUUCAGCCUUUAAUCUGAAAACAAGUCCAAAUCGGUUGGAGAGAAAUGUACCUACCAACCACUGAAGACUGCCAUUUAUGAUUCUGGGGCUUGCUGACCUGAGGCCACAAUGAAUCGUUCACUCUGCAGUUCUGGCUGAAGAUUGUUAUGAAUACCUUAUCUUGCUUUUUCUUUUACACUGAUUUGCUGGGCUCCCCCAUUAUUAAAGAUUGAGGUAUUUGCGGAGCCGCUUUCUGUAAAGUUGUUUAACUGUCUACCAGCUUUCAUGAUUGUAUGCAACAGGACUGCAAAGCUUAGAUCUGAUCUGUUGUGGAAUUGCUAAGCCCUUUGAAAGCAGGUAAAUUGCAGUCAAGAGUUUUGUUAAUUAUGAAGUGCAUACUUACAGUCAGUAGAUGUGGACAUCUAAUGCUUCUGAUAAUAUACACGUAAGCAUGAUGUACAAGUUUUGAAUGUGGUUGGAUAAUAUAAUCAUGUGUACUGACUUGGAAUGUAAAGUAGAAUGAAUACUGCUGGAUAGACAUAAAUGUAUGUGAAUGUAUCACAUUUUUAUUGGAAACUUGUUAUCUGUCAAUAAUAUAAGUUGUCUUGCAGCAAAUCCGGAGAGUUGUGCACCAUUUUUGGGUACACCUCCCAUGCAUGCAUGAAUAAACGUUUUGACAGAGAA